GUAUAUUGAGACACGCGCGCUUACGCACGCACGCUCGCUCGCGCGCGCGCACACUGCCACACACACACACACACACACACACACACAGAGAGAGAGAGAGAGACCCUCCUCAUUUUGAUUGUCAGUACAGAGAGGCGGGCUCAUAUGGAGGGCCGCUUUUCGGCUCUGCAGCGACUGCAGCUUCUCCCGCUGCCUGUCCUUCUUCCGCGCGCGUCUCCGCGAGCGCUGUGAUGUGAAUAUUAAUGAUGCUGCGCGAAUCUCCGCGCUCAUUUCCAUCGCUUUCACCGAUCUGAGAGACACACAUGGAGGGCUAUUUAUUCGAUACCGCUCAGUGACUCCAUACUGUUGGUUGACUUGGCACGCAGUGUCUUAUGCUUGUAUCACCAUCUGUAGCGCCCUGUACAGAGCUGCAUGAGUAAGAAUGAUCAUCUACUGCUAUAUACAUUUGUUUUAGGUCCUGAGAGAGGCAUUUGUCACUGUCAUGUGAGCCUAACUUUGCUUUUUUUAUACACUGUUUAAAGACAGGAAGUUUCGAGAGCAGCAUGGCAGAAGCCCCUGUUGGAGAGGACGCACCCAAAGAGCAGGAGAGUGCCACCCCACCUACCCACGAUCCCCUGUUAGGGGUUGGUGGUGCUCUGUGGGAAAGAGUUUUGAAAGCUAGUGUUACAGCUGGAGCUUUCCUCCUGCUGUACACACUGUCUCAACUCACAGGUUUGUGGGUCCUUUACAUGCUGAAUGGAUACAGGGCUUUUCCAGCAGCACAUAAAGUUUUGGAUCUCCUUCAGUACCUUCUCUCCACCAGUGAUGCCUAUGAUCAACAGAUGGAGAUAUGGAGGGUGGAGAGCAUGUUGCCCCUCAUAGCCACACUCUUCUUAGGUGUAGUCAUCCUUGGUACUGGAACGCUGUUCUGCAUUAAAACCCUGGUGCCUGGCAACCCAUCUUGCUUCCCUGACGACCGUCGUCAGUCCAUGAGCAGGCAGCCCUCCUUUACAUAUUCAGAAUGGACAGACGCUAAACAUGAGGAUUUCUAUGAGCUGGAUGCUGUUCCGGAGACGCCCGUGUUCGAUUGCUUUAUGGACAUGAAAACCGAAGCUGACCCUGCCACUCUCACUGUCAAACCUGUGGGCUUGCAGGAAAGGAGAGGUUCUAAUGUGUCGCUGACAUUGGACAUGUGCACCCCUGGUACUACAGAGCCCUACGGUGCGCUGCUGUCCCCUAGAGAGCAGGGCACACAGGAAUACCUGCAGAACGCGUCAAACCUGCUCACCCCCGAGCAGCUGCACAAGCGCGCACUGGAUGACGCUGUACUGCAGGCGGAGUUCUAUGAGACACCCAUGAACUUCGUGGACCCAAAAGAAUAUAAUAUUCCCGGCGUGGUGAGGAAGAAUCGCUACAAAACUAUACUACCAAACACACAUAGCAGAGUUUGCUUAAAAGCAAAAGAGGAAGGUGAUUUUCUCAGCACCUACAUCAAUGCUAAUUAUUUGAAGGGCUAUGGUGGGAAAGAAAAGGCAUACAUCGCCACACAGGGUCCGACUGUAAACACAGUGGGGGAUUUCUGGAGGAUGGUUUGGCAGGAGCGCUGUCCCAUUAUCGUCAUGAUCACCAAUAUUGAAGAAAAAAAUGAGAAAUGCACAGAAUACUGGCCAGAGGACAGUGUCAUCUGUGAGGGUAUCGAGAUCACUGUCAAACAGGUCAUCCAGGCAGAUGACUACAGUCUAAGGAUUUUCACUGUGAAGAGUGAGGGUGAGGAGCGCACUCUCAGACAGUACUGGUACACAUCCUGGCCAGAUCAAAAAACUCCAGACAAGGCCCCGCCUCUCCUGGAGUUGGUUCAGGAAGUGGAGGAAGCGAGGAAACAGGCCCCACCCAACAGUGGCCCUGUCAUUGUCCACUGCAGUGCAGGGAUUGGACGCACUGGCUGUUUCAUUGCUACCUCCAUCUUGUGCCAGCAGCUAAGCAUUGAAGGGGUGGUUGACAUCCUGAAGACCACUAGCCAGCUACGCUUGGACAGAGGUGGGAUGAUCCAAACAGCGGAGCAGUAUCAGUUUGUUCAUCAUGUACUCAGCCUGUACGAAAGACAGCUUCGAAAGACCUCAGAAGAGUAAAGCCUCCAUGAGCGCACAACCUUCACAUCACUCCUCACAGAGGAGUUGACCUUCAUCCAAACACAUGGGGCAGGGACUGACCCUCAGUUCCUCAAGUCUCAUGUCUUCAAACACAACAGACGUUUAGGUUGAACCAUCCUUUUACAAGCAGACCUUUAGCUGACUCCAAUCUCCAAUACCUAAAUCCAACAUCAAGACACCAAUCAGUAUUUAAAUAUACUUUUUUUCUUUAUUCCUUACCAUAACAGUAACAGACUUAAAGCGAUCAGAUAUAUCAUAACACAAGUUCUGCCCUCGUAAUAACGUUCAGCAGGCCAUCAGUGCUCAAACACGACAAUAUUUCUAUGCGUGUGUACUUCAUAUCUAGUGGGAUGAACACAAUAACAAGCAGACACCAAGGCCUCCAUUUAUGAUGUACAUUUAGCAUUAGGUUUAGGGACCUCUUCAAUUUCUGAGCCUACAAACACAGCAAUUUUCCUUUUACUGCUAAGACGUUUUUACAGGAUUUAUAACUCAAUGUAACAAUGAGAAGUGUGCGUGUACAUAAAUGGGUCUCACAUGUUGAAAGAUCAACCUCUUGGCAAUCUGAACUGUCAGUAUAUGUGUGUGCGUGUGUGUGUGUGUGUGUGUGUGUGUGUAAGAGAGAAAGAUAGUGUCGCAGAACCAGAAGGAGAGAGAGAGAGAGAGAUAAUGUUUACUAUGUGUUACAAUGAUUAUCAGACUUUAAUUCCGGAUGUGUGGUUGGUCUCUAGAAGAGGUUAGCCUACUACAUUUAAUACAAAAUGGCCUUAAUAUGUGUCUUUCUGUUUGUACUGGGGUCCGUAUGGUUGUAUGUAGAUGUUGUCAGGCAGAUCUAAACGCAGCGUGGUGUUAAGCCUGUCAUAGUCUCAUUCAGUAAGACUGAGAGAGGCUGCUCUCCGUACAGAAUGAUGUACAUUUUCCCUCAGCAUACCUUUGCCUUCUCGGUUUGCGUGUUGUUGGACGCUAUAUCAUGCAAAAUGGUUUAGUUGGACUCUAAAAAGCAUUGAUGCUGCACCUCAAGGUUUUAUGUAUCAAAAUGCCGAAACACUGUAUCCAACUAAUGUUAAAUUUGUAAAUCACAGCUUGCAUCGAUAGCAGAAAUCAUGACAAUGGGACAUAUAUAGUUGUGAUGUUUUUUGCUAAUUUCUAUUUAUUUAUUUUAUGAGCUUGUUUUACUCUGGUUACAUUUAACAUAGUUUAUAUGUGGGUCUGCGUAUCUGAUUAGUUAAGAUGUAUAAUCAGUAUUUGCCCAAGUUGGCAGCUCGUACAGCUUUGCUGAGACUUGCAGUUUGCAUGAGCAAGUACAUUUUGAACUUCUUUUUAAUUAUGAGCAAGGAAAUGUUUAAAUUACAAGCAGACAUCUGUGUGUGAUUAUGUGCAAAAGCUUCUGAUACGGCAGAGUCUCUCUCUGCUGUUGGAAUAAGCAUCUUCAAUCAAUGAUCUCAUGUGAUCCAGCUGGAAGUACCAAUGCUCUGAAUUUCUUUAGACAGUACUGCUACCACCCUAAUUGUCUCCAGUUGUUCUCGAACUAGUCAUAUGUCCUCAAAAUGAUGUUUCCUUCCAGGCAGCUUUGAGAUGAAAUUAGGAAAUUUACAGAAGCUUGAAAACACCUCCUUCUUACACAAGAGAUUGUACCUGUUUCUUUUAAGUGUUGUUAGUUCAAAGCCUCAUGAUAGUUUGCAAGAAAUGAGAAUGACUUUCAUUCACACGCUUUAAUUGCUGCUGUUACAGUCUUUUUAUUAUUGCAGAACUGCUUUCGUGUUUUAGUUGGUACUGAGUAAGUGAAUUUUAUUAUUUAUUUUUGAUGAACUUACAUAUUCGUCAUAUUUAUUGAAAGAGUUUUGUCUCUGUUUUUGUGCUGUUAUUAUACUGCCAAAGACUGUAGUGAUUGGUCCAUAACGCAAAACCUGAACAAUGCUAAUUCUAUAUUUACAAUCUUCUAUAUUUACAACCUUAACCAGUUUUAGCACCAACAUGUGGAAUUGUGUACAUGUAUGAAACCAGCAUAUUUAUAUAUUUUUAAUUGGUUUUAAAGUGAAGAAUCUAAAUUUCCACAGUAAAACCUGUUCUCUCACUUACCCAGCCUUUCUUUAAACAUUUUAGCUUCUUUUACAUUAUUCAUUCAUGCUGAUGUAGUAUUUUGUGACAUUGUUUCCUUUGCAGAGUGCUGUUGACACUAAAUCUUCAUAAGAUUGUAAAAUAAUUAAAGUAAAUUGGAAAUACUGUGAUUUGCAAAAGAUUUAAUCUCUAUUAUUUUUAGAUUUCAAUUUAAAUCUAGAUUUAGGUGUAGCUUUAUAGAUUUUAUCAUUGUUUUUUUUUUUAUAUUAUACAUUACCAUACAUUUAAUGUUUUUGAUAGAAGUCUCUUAUGCUCACUGAGGAUGUAUUUAUUUUAUCAGAAAUACAGUAAAAACAGUAAUAUUGUGAAAUAAUGUUACAAUUUAACAGUUUUCUAUUUUAAUAUAUUUUAAAAUGUAAUUUAUUCAUGUGAUGACAAAGCUGAAUUUUCAGCAUCCAGUCUUCAGUGUCACAUGAUCCUUCAGAAAUCAUUCUAGUAUGAUGAUUUGGUGCUCAAAAACAUUUCUUAUUAUUAUCAAUGUUGAAAACAGUUGUGCUGUUUAAUAUUUUUGUGGAAACCAUGAUACAUAAUUCUUUGAUGAUUAGAACAGAAAGAUUAUGAUUUUUUUAAAAUAGAAAUCUGAUCUUGCAAGGUACAAGUGAGUGAGAAAACAGGUUUUUUUUUAUCCACAAUGAUAAAUUAAUUAACUUAAUGGAAUGUAAAUACAGGUUCUAUCUACAGCAUUUGUCAUUUAUCAAAAAUCACUAAAAACAGAAGAAAAAAAACUGAAAAAUCAUAGUUUUUUUGUAAAUCAUAGACUAGUGUAACAAAAUCGUUUACUGACAAUCUUUCAGUGACUGGUACAACCUGUAAACUCAUUGACUUUCAAAUGUUACAUGUAAGCAUGGAGCAAACUCAACUCUUGGCAUAAACAAAACUAGAAAAGAAUUUUCUGUGUUGAUCACUAUAAUGGUGCAAAUGCUGUGGACAGUGCAUAAAUGUAUUCAAAUCAAAACAUUCCUUUGAGGAAUAAUUUUUAAAAUGUUGAACCAAAUCUCUGUGUGUCUGUUACAAGCUGUUUGUCACCCUGAUGGCCAUUUACUGGUUUUGUACAUUGUUUACCAUGCAGGACAACUUUGCUGAACGUUUCCAAAGUCAUCAAAUUUGUCAUUUUCAGGACUGUACUGUUUUAGGACAGUUGUUAUUCAGUGAAUUUAUCCACUUUGAGGAAAUUCUAUUAAAAAAAAAAAAAAGUUGUGUGUGUAAAGAAGGCCGUUAGUACACAAUCAGUGAUCACACAAAUAAAUCUUGUUUUCAUUGGGUUUACCAAUUUAUUAUUCUGAUGCAUUCAACAAAAGCGAUCAGGGUCAAAUAACAUGAUUUCAUGUUAGCUGAAUAAUCUUUUAAAUCAAUGUUAUAGUUCAGACUGAGAGAAGGGCCAAUAUUGCAGUUUAGUGAAGUCCUACCCCUCCCCCAACUCACUGCCCACUCACUAUCAGUCGGACCCCACUUCCUACAGAACACUCCAUCUGUCAGACCUGUCUGUGUUGCCAGAGAAGAGUAACAGACACACAGGCACCAGCAAAUGAGUAUAUCAUUAUAUCAUACACACAAAUUAGAUCCUGGGCCAAACUAGCUUGGAUUAUAUCCACAUAACCGUGAUUUUAAUAUAUUUAAAAGAGAGUGUGCUGUUUUAUGUUUAAAUGGAUAUUAAUUUAAUCAUCAUGAACGACUCACUACCAGCAUAGUAUGUCUUUAUGCACUACUGUACAAAGCUAAAACAAGCACAAAGAUGAAAUACUGAUUUUUGAAUGUGAAUGCAGAGGCCUGAGCCUCGGCUGUCUUAAUUGCUCAAAUAUUUCAAUGCCAUCUGAGUAUUUGACCUUUUGCUUCUUCAUUUCACUCAAAUAUUUUCAAGAUUUUAUUUUAUUUUUUCAAGAAACCAUGCGUUGAUCAGUGUUUUGAUAUUUUAUGCUUAUUUAUUGUCCUGUGAUUUUGGUUGAAAUGUUUGGCACAGACCCUUCAAUCUCAAAAAAUAACUGUUUUGGUUUCAUUUUUAUCCUGUUCUAUAGUGAAAUAGAUGUUGUUUAAAAAAAAUACAAUUUGCCUCAUUGCUUUCGUAUUGUUCCUCUGCUGUUGAAAUCCAAAUAGAAUGUAACAUGACUAAGUUUACAAUAUCAUGGCUUGUAUUAUUGGUAUAAGCUUUAAUUUUUAAAUAAAAAUAUUCUUCUGUUAAUCAGGA